AUGAGGAGCGAGCCAGACUCAGCUGUUCCUGAAUCAAGAAAAGGCCUUGAUGCCACCGAGGCUGAGAGCAAAGCGGAGAUGUGCGAAGGAGCCGUGCAGAAGAGCCUGGGAGACAACAGCCUCCUCCCUCGAGAUGUGCAUCGCCAGCAGUUCAGGCACUUCUGCUAUCAGGAUGCUGAGGGCCCCCGAGAGAUCUGCAGCCGACUCCACCAUCUUUGUCACCGGUGGCUAAAGCCAGAAAGGAACACCAAGAAGGAGAUGCUGGACCUGGUGAUCCUGGAACAGUUCCUGGCUGUCCUGCCCCCACCCAUGGAGAGCUGGGUCAAGGAAUGCGGGCCAGAGACUAGUUCCCAGGCAGUGGCCCUAGCAGAAGGCUUCCUCCUGAGCCAGGCAAAGGACAAGAAUUGGGACCAGCAGAAGGGCUUCAGCUUCUCCAACCUGAUUCCAUGUCCCAAGUGGAAGAAGCAGGAGAUCCACUUGUCCUCGACGCAGAGGAAACAGAGAGAUCAACAGGUAUCUUCCUACUUGUAUGAUGGAAUGGCUGAUGGUCCCCAGAAAAAGCCCAAGGGUGAACCGCAACAUGUUCUGCUUCACGGAAAACAGCAGAAAAGUAAUGCUGGAACAAAAAGGAAGAGGGGGAAUGAAUGCUCUGCUUCUCAGGCUGCUGAAUCCCAGGUGUUUGAUACACAGUGGAGACUCGACACAAGAGAGAAACCUAAUAAAUGCUUGGAUCGUAGAAGGAGCUUUGCUUGGAAGGGAGAUGGUACUGGCCAUCAAGGUAUCUACACUGGGGAAAAACCGAAUAAAUGCUUGCAGUGGGGAAAGGGCUUUGCUCGGAGUUCAUGUCUUACUGUCCACCAACGUAUCCACACUGGGGAGAAACCUUUUAAAUGCUUGCAGUGUGAAAAGUGCUUUGCUUCAAGUUCAGAGCUUACUAUCCAUCAGCGUGUCCACACGGGGGAGAAACCUUAUAAAUGCUUGCAGUGUGGAAAGAGAUUUACUCAGAAUUCCCACCUUACUAGACAUCAGCAUAUCCACACUGGGGAGAAACCUUAUAAAUGCUUGUGGUGUGAAAAGGGCUUUGCUGAGAGUUCAGAGCUUACUAGACAUCAGCAUAUCCACACUGGGGAGAAACCUUAUAAAUGCAUGCAGUGUAGAAAGAGCUUUGCUCGGAGUUCACAGCUUACUGUCCAUCAGCGUAUCCACACUGGGGAGAAACCUUAUAAAUGCUCGCACUGUGAAAAGAGCUUUGCUGGGAGUUCACAACUUACUGUCCAUCAGCGUAUCCACACUGGGGAGAAACCGUAUAAAUGCUUGCAGUGUGGAAAGAGCUUUGCUCAGAGUUCACAGCUUACUGUCCAUCAGCGUAUCCACAAUGGGGAGAAACCUUAUAAAUGCUUGCAGUGUGGAAAGAGUUUUGUUUGGUGUUCAGAGCUUACUAGACAUCAGCGUAUCCACAGUGGGGAGAAACCUUAUAAAUGCUUGGAAUGUGGAAAGAGCCUUGUUUGGCGUUCAGAGCUUACUAGACAUCAGCGUAUCCACAGUGGUGAGAAACCUUAUAAAUGCUUGGAGUGUGGAAAGAGCUUUGUUUGGUGUUCAGAGCUUACUAGACAUCAGCGUAUCCACACAGGGGAGAAACCUUAUAAAUGCAUGAAGUGUAAAAAGAUAUUUGCUCAGAGUUCAGAGCUUAUUAAUCAUCAGCAUAUCCACACAGGGGAGAAACCUUAUAAAUGCUUGCAGUGUGGAAUGGGCUUUGCUCAGAGUUCAAAGCUUACUGUCCAUCAACGUACCCACACUGGGGAGAAACCUUUUAAAUGUUUGCAGUGUAAAAAGGUCUUUACUCAGAUUGCACAUCUUAUUGUCCAUCAACGUAUCCACACUGGUGAGAAACCUUACAAAUGCUUGCAGUGUGGAAAGAACUUUGCUCAGAGUGCACACCUUACUAUCCAUCAGCGUAUCCACACUGGGGAGAAACCUUAUAAGUGCUCGCAAUGUGGAAAGAGCUUUGCUUCAAGUUCAGAGCUUACUAGACAUCAACGUAUCCACACUGGGGAGAAACCUUAUAAAUGCUUGCAGUGA